GUUUGAACAGAGCUCCUCAUCAGUUAGGUACUGUCACGACUCUAGCUGAGCCUCAGCCAUGCGAUAAGGAGGGCUGGGACUGUGAUUCCCCUAGUUGAGGAUGGAGGCCUUUACAUUUGCGGUUUCCACCCAAGUGGAUUUCCCACUUUACAUCAAGAUUGGCUCCCUAGAAGGAAAGCAGAAGCAGAUACCAUUUUCCGUCCUUUUAAAGCAACCGGAAUUGCGACAUAUCGGGUCCGCACAGAAUCCGCUUUCUGAUUUGUUCGUCACCGUGCAACUAUGGUCGGAAUCCAAGCCCCUCGGAGUACCCUUACAAACCUCAUACAAAGCAUUCAAGACAAGUCGGUCCUGGAAUGAAUGGCUCCAACUGCCUAUAGCUAUCAAGGACGCGCCCUUUAAAUGUCAGCUGGCAAUUACAAUUUGGGAUUUGUCACCGUUUGGUGGCCCGGGAGCGGAUGGCCAUGAUAUCCCGUUUGGCGGAACAACUAUAUCACUGUUUGAUGUAGAUGGCAAGUUGAAGACGGGUAGGCAAAAAUGCAAAGUGUAUCGUCAUAAAGCUGCAGAUGGGUUUUCGUCGACGACAACGCCUUCCAGCCCACCCCAAAGACGUCGAAAAAGCAACAUUCCCGACCCACUGGGUCCUUCCUUGGAAGAAAUGGAACUAGAACGUGUUGAAGUUCUCAUUAAAAAACAUGAGAUGGGUGAGAUCCCUCGAAUUGACUGGAUGGAUCAAAUGGUUUUCCGUCAAUUAGAAAAGUUGAAGCUUAAUGCUGAGGAGGCCGCAAGGAAGCGCGCUAUACUCUUGAAAGCUAACAAGGAGAAAUACACCAAUGGCGACGAUACCGAUCUCAAAGAGGAAGAAAUUGACGAUGAGAAUUUCAUCCUAUACGUUGACUUCCCUCGAUUUGACCAUCCCAUCGUAUGGUCGGAUCAUGAAUACCCAGCACCUCCAAUCUCCUCAUAUCCCCAAAAUACGCCUGGGAACCCAAACUCUGCACUCAAACCUCUUCCAGAGGUCCGCUUUGGUCCAGGGAUUGAAGGGGUCGAUGUUGAAGGCGUGAUUAGAAUUUACGACCCCGAGGUCGGUCAAGCGGGCAACCCUUGCGAAGAUAAACAUCGAAGGCUUAUUCGUAGCCACCGGACGGGCAUCAUGGAUCGGGAUCUCAAACCAAACCCCAAGAUUCGCGACGAUCUCAACGUGAUAAUAUCAUAUGAACCCACACAAGACCUCACCGCUGAAGAAAAAGAUCUUGUCUGGCGGUUCAGGUACUAUCUAACCCGAGAGAAGAGAGCGCUCACGAAGUUUGUCAAGUCAGUCAAUUGGAGGGACGUGGGUGAAGCCCAUCAAGCUGUCGAGAUACUCCCAAAAUGGACUGAAAUCGAUGUCGAUGAUGCUUUAGAGCUUCUUGGUCCAACCUUCGACAACGCCGCCGUUCGCUCAUAUGCUGUUGAACGCCUCCGCAAGGCCGAUGAUGAUGAGCUGCUCCUGUAUCUUUUGCAACUCGUGCAGGCGUUAAAAUAUGAAGAUAACACAGAUGGAAACGCAGAUAGUGCUGCCCAUGACUCCUCUCUUGCUAACUUUCUCAUUGCCCGUGCAGCCAACAACUUCAAACUAGGUAGCUAUCUGCAUUGGUACUUGAUGGUUGAGUGCGACGAUGCGGGGCCCGGUACACUCUCCUCUCAUCGCAGACUAUUUGCGCGGGUGGAAUACUACUUCAUGACAGAGUUGGAGCAAAUACACCCGGACUACAGGAAGACGCUGCUUCGCCAGGGUGAACUGAUCGCGGUUCUUGCGAAGAUCUCCAAGGACAUUCGUUUCGCUCGAGAGAACCGCGUCCUAAAGAUUGAAAAGCUGAAAAGGUACCUCAAAGAUCCUAAAAAUGAACUUCUGCAGAUCGACCCUCCGCUCCCACUUCCUUUGGACCCUGAUGUCUUAGUCACGGGGUGCUACCCUGAAGAAUCCAACGUCUUCAAAUCCUCACUGUCCCCCCUACUUAUCACCUUCAAAACUUCUGAGGGACGCAAGUACCCAAUCCUAUUUAAAGUUGGCGAUGACCUUCGCCAAGACCAGCUUGUUAUCCAGAUCAUCAUUUUGAUGGAUCGUCUCCUCCAGAAAGAGAAUUUGGAUCUCAAGCUCACCCCAUAUCGCAUUCUAGCCACCAAUGCUACUGCGGGUGCUGUUCAGUUCAUUCCAUCAACCUCGCUUUCGGCGGUUUCAGCUAAAUAUAAAACUGUCCUGGCAUAUCUCAAGGCCAAUAACCCCGAUGACAGUGAGCCACUUGGCAUCCGGAAGGAGACAAUGGAUACCUAUAUCAAGUCUUGUGCUGGCUAUUGCGUGAUCACAUACCUUCUUGGUGUAGGCGACAGGCAUCUAGAGAACCUUCUCCUGGCCCCAGAUGGCCACUUCUUCCAUGCAGACUUUGGCUUCAUUCUUGGUCGGGAUCCGAAGCCGUUUGCUCCCAUGAUGAAACUGUGCAAGGAAAUGGUCGAAGGCAUGGGCGGAACCACCUCUCCGCUUUAUUUACAAUUCAAGCAAUACUGCUUUACCGCUUACACCACUCUACGCAAAUCCGCAAAUCUCAUCCUCAACCUGUUCAGUCUGAUGGUCGAUGCCAACAUUCCUGAUAUUCGGGUAGAGCCGGACAAAGCAGUUCUAAAAGUCAAGGAAAGGUUCCAUCUUGAAAUGACCGAAGAGGAAGCCAUACGACACUUCGAGCAGCUUAUCGGUGACAGUGCCAACGCCAUAUUUGGCGUGGUCAUUGACCGUCUCCACGACUUCGUACAAGGAUGGAGAGCUUAAAUUACGGAGUAUGCUCGUCGUAUGCCAGUCUGUCCUUUUUGCUUUUGUUUCCAUAUAGUAGGAAACGGACCAGGCCGCAAUGAGCCAUCUCAGCACGAAUGGAACGAUACCCUUUUCUGUAUUAGUAUAACAGAUAUAUAGAUCUAUGAAUAGAACGGUUUUUACACUUUC